CAACGCUUCUCCUCCACAGCCACAUGCAAGAUGGGUUACCAGCAUCUUCUAUUCUCUAUGCUUCUACUUCUCAUCCUUUCAAGCUUCAUCCAAAUGGCAGCACUUGGACAUACACCAUCAUCGACCAAGCUUCUGUACAUAGUGUACAUGGGAGAGAGGCAACACGAAGAUCCAGACCUCGUGAUUGCGUCGCACCAUCAUAUGCUGUCUUCCGUACUGGGGAGCAAGGAGGAAGCCGUGAGUUCAAUUGUCUACAGCUAUAAGCAUGGCUUCUCGGGCUUUGCAGCCAUGCUUACAGAAUCUCAAGCAGACAAAAUUGCAGAAAUGCCGGAAGUGAUCAGUGUCAAUCCAAGCCGCAGCGUUCCACUGCUUACUACGCGAAGCUGGGACUACCUUGAUCUUGGUUUUGAACAACCCCAACCCACAGGACUACUUGCAAGAGGCAACUUCGGCGAUGGGAUCAUCAUCGGCGUCGUCGACACAGGCAUUUGGCCGGAAUCGAGAAGCUUCGACGACCAUGGUUACGGCCCCGUCCCAUCCCGUUGGAAAGGAACGUGUGAAGUAGGUCAAAACUUCACCGUCAACCACUGCAACCGCAAGAUCAUCGGUGCAAGAUGGUACGCCGGAGGCGUCGACCCUUCUCUCAUCGAAGGAGACUACCAGUCUCCCCGGGAUUCCGAGGGCCACGGAACGCACACGGCUUCCACGGCAGCAGGCUCGUUAGUGAGUGAUGCGAGUUUCCAUGGUCUGGGCGCCGGCACAGCGAGAGGAGGAGCUCCUCGUGCCCGGCUAGCAAUCUACAAGGUAUGCUGGGCAGAAGCAGGGUGUCGCGACGCUGCUGUGCUGAAGGCGAUAGAUGAUGCUAUCCAUGAUGGUGUGGACAUCUUAUCACUCUCACUUGGGCGCUUACUUCACCCAAUCUUUCCUUCCAUACAUGCGGUAGCAAAGGGGAUAACUGUGAUCUUCUCUGGAGGCAAUGAUGGUCCCGUCACCCAGACCAUUGCUAAUGACCUGCCGUGGGCGAUCACGGUGGCAGCCAGCACCAUUGAUCGCUCGUUUCCUACCCUCCUAACCCUCGGAGACAACCGAACCGUGGUGGGACAAUCCAUCCUCUAUGAAUCCACCGAUGGAGGAUUCGAAGAGCUAGCAGAUGGUGGGAGCUGCUCGCGGGACGAUCUGAAUUCGAGUGAUGUAGUCGGAAAGAUUGUGCUCUGUUACCAGCUUGCCAUCGCCUCAAGCUCACCACCCAAGCGACACUUUCCACGGGCUGCCUAUAAUGUUCAGGAAGCUGGAGGGAAGGGCAUUAUCUUUGCACAGUACUCCGCCAACAUCCUCGACUUCAUCGACGUUAUUUGCAACGGCACCGUAUGCGUCUUUGUUGAUUACGAGAUCGGCAAACAAAUAACAGAUUAUGUAACGAAUACAAGAUCCCCCCUGGUGAAGGUGAGCCUAACGCAGGAUAUGGUCGGGAGUGGAGUAAUGUCUCCCAGGGUCGCAGCUUUCUCGUCGAGAGGGCCGAGUAUAUUGUUCCCAGAUCUAGUCAAGCCCGAUAUCACAGCUCCCGGAGUCCUUAUCCUGGCCGCAGUGAAAGAUUCCUAUAAGUUUGAGUCUGGAACAUCGAUGUCUUGUCCCCAUGUCUCUGGCGUAGCAGCUCUUCUUAAAGCAGCACAUCCCCAGUGGUCUCCUGCUGCCAUCAAAUCAGCACUCGUCACAACUGCUCAUACGGCCAAUGCAUACGGCUUCCCCAUAGAAGCAGAGGGAGUUCCUCGAAAGCACGCUGAUCCUUUCGACUUUGGCGGCGGUCACAUCGAUCCUAACAAAGCCGUUGAUCCCGGGCUUAUUUAUGACGUCGAUCCCGAAGACUACUUAAAGUUCUUCAACUGCACUUACGGUCCGUCGACCACUUGUGACUUGGUGGACAGUCGGCUGUAUCACCUGAAUCUGCCCUCCAUCUCCAUUCCCGACCUGAAGAAGACACCACUAACGGUGCGGAGAACCGUGACCAAUGUGGGGGACACGGAUUCCAUUUACAGGGCAAUGGGGGAGUCUCCUCCGGGUGUCAACAUGGUGGUCGAGCCUUCUCUUCUUCAAUUCAAUGCUUCCACGACGACGCACACCUUUGCGGUGACGUUCACGCCGCUUCAGAUGGUGCAAGGGGACUUCAACUUCGGAAGCUUGACAUGGAUUGAUGAUGGGAAGCACGCAGUAAGAAUUCCUAUCGCAGUUCGAGUGAUCAUUCAUGAUUCCUUCUCUGAUACCUCCUAAGUCUUGUGGAGGUAUCCGCUCUACGUCGGGUACUAUCGCAAUAAAUGUUGAAGUCGUAUGGGGAAUAAAAAUUAACGUGGUAGGUUGCUUCUGUUAUCCAAAAAUUGAUGCUACUUUUGGUUUAGGCUGUUGUUUUGUACGCUUCAGUAUUUAGCAUCGACGUACCAUAUAUUGAAUUUGAUAAGAAGAACGAGUAUGAUUAUCACGUAAAA